AUCCACGCAAUCCGGCCAUUUCCGCUGCAGUGUACCGGGUUUGCCCAGUCACAAGCCCCUUUUCCCCGCCCCGUAGUCGCGCAGAAUCUGCUAGCAGUUUGAGUAGUUGUUCUGGCUGGGGAAUGUCUGUAUGAAGGAUCUGAAAUGGCACGAAUGUCUCAUUUAACUUUCGGGACGCUUCUCUGCUUGUUCACCUUUUGUGCUGAUGCGCAAUACGAGACGUAUAGUUUCCGAAGUUUUCCAAGCAACGAACUUAUGCCACUUGAAUCCGCUUACAAAUAUGCACUAGAUCAAUACACUAAAGAAAACUGGCAAGAAUGCGUGGAAUAUUUGGAAGUCAGCUUGAGACUGUACCGACUAUUUAAAGACAGUGAGGCUUUCUGCAAUCUGAACUGUAGCUCUGUACGAUUAGACAAUGAAGAGAAGUUUGAGGAGUUUCCGGAGCUCCAUGCAUUCGGGAAUAUCAUGAAAAGGGCCCAGUGUCUGAAGAGGUGCAAGCACGGCUUGCCUGCUUUCAGACAGACCAUGCCCAGCCGAGAGACACUGGAGGAAUUCGAGAACCGGGAGCCCUACAAGUAUCUUCAGUUCGCCUUCUUCAAAUCCAACAACCUGGCAAAGGCUGUAGCUGCGGCACAUACCUUCAUGCUGAAGCACCCAGAUGAUGAGAUGAUGAAGAGGAACAUGGACUAUUACAAAAGCCUUCCAGGAGCAGAGGACCACCUUAAAGACCUAGAAGCUAAAUCUUAUGAGGCACUAUUUAUCAGAGCAGUGAGAGCGUUCAAUGCCGGCAUCUUCCGCACCUCAGUGGUGGACAUGGAGCUUGCCCUGCGAGACUUCUUCACGGCUUAUGACGACUGCCUAGCUGCCGCUGAGAGCUCCAGAGAAAUCCAGGAUUUCAAGGACUUCUAUCCAUCCAUAGCAGAUCACUACACAGAGGUUUUGGAGAGAAAGGUCAGGUGCGAGAGUCGGCUCACACCCAUCGUAGGCGGCUUCGUCGUAGACAAGUUUGUUGCCACCAUGUACCACUACCUCCAGUUUGCUUAUUAUAAGCUGAAUGAUCUGAAGAACGCUGUACCCUGUGCAGCCAGCUACAUACUGCUGGACCCCAGUGAUGAGGUCAUGAAGAACAAUAUUGUCUACUAUCAGUACCACAAGGACAAGUGGGGUCUCUCCGAGGAGGACUUCUUACCCAGAGCUGAGGCUGUGCGAUAUUUUAACCAGACCAACAUGCAACUAGAGAUGCUGGAGUUUUCACAGCAGCACCUGCAGGCAGAUGAUGAGAUGGAGGUGCUGACGUUUCUUGAUGAUCUUCUGGAGGCAGAUGAUAGUAGCUAGAGACAAGUCUACCACAAACACACACCCAGCACUCUGAUUUCUGCUUGCCUUGUUGGCAGUUGGAGGGUAGCUUACAUUUGCAUCCUCCAGUGUUGUCUUAUCAUAAAAGCCAUCCUUCCUUUUAUCUUGAUUUAUUUGUAUAUGCUUCUUCACACCACUGUGCUUUUGUUGUUUUUCAAGUCUUCCUUCACUGGUCGUCAUCGACAACUGAUUGUUAUUGUCGACCCUUUUCAAAGGAAUGGUACUUCAUCAAUAGAGCCUCUGACCUAAAGACUCAGGCUGAGACUUCCUCGGAGAUAUCGCUUAUCCAGCUCUCUUCAUGACAUUAAAAUGCACAGUGAAGUCUGUGUUAUCUAUGAUUCUGUAUCAUUCAUGCCAGGAAGAGCAAGCAAUGUGGCUGUUACCCAGCACAAAGCGGCAAUCGCAUGAAAGGAAAUGACCGCUUUUGACCUGUUGUGUUUUGUGUGUGGAAUCUGGAAUUCCACAUUGUUACAUUGUAAUUACUCAAUGUGAAUUUUGUACCAUCACAUGGAAUUUUCAUCCAUAAAUCGGUUCCAGUUUCAUGCGACUAGUCAUUAUUUUCGGUGCUGUUUUUGCUAACCUGUCUACACUGUGAAUUUGUCAUGGUUUCGGUUUUUGUCGCCAUCUAUGAUGCCUUGAAGAUCCAUGCCGAAGGUAAGACCUAGUCCCCCAUACCCUUGGGCUGGUGCUGGUCAGGCCAGACUGCCAUGUUUGGUGCUUUUGUUUUUGGAUAAAAUCUGUUGAAUCCUACCUACAUACAUACAUGGACUUUCAUCUGCCUGCAGUUUGCUAAACGUGUCCAUAGUAAUAGAAGUACAUUGUUCCUUUGAAUUUGUGAUAAAUCAGACAUUUUUAGGAUGAGUAAAAGCUGAACAAAAUUUAUUUACCUAUUUAUUUUUCAUAAUUAGUUUUUGCAGUCAGUUUCAGGAACAGACGUUGCUGUUUUACCCUAGAAGAGUGCAGGCUGACUAAGUAUUCAUUGUGUUUGUGAAAAGUUUAUAACUGUGAAAUAUUGCUGUGUAUUUGUUGGUAGGAGAAAUAAAAGUUCAUACCGAGGAUUUA